GGAGCGCAGUGCGGAAUGUGAGGCGUGGGGCCUGAUGGAGUAGACGCCCUGUGCCCCUGUGUCCACAUCAGCUCCCGUGUCCGCUGUCUUUCCGUGUCUCCUGUCUCUCUACCGUGUCUCCUGUCUCUCUACCGUGUCUCCAUCAGCUCCCGUGUCCACUGUCCGUCUCCCCGUGUCUCAAGCUCCCGUGUCCGCUGUUUCCCCGUGUCUCCUGUCUCUACCGUGUCUCCUGUCUCUCUACCGUGUCUCCAUCAGCUCUCCUGUCCACUGUCUCCCCGUGUCUCCUGUCUCUCUACCGUGUCUCCAUCAACUCCUGUGUCCGCUGUCUCCCGUGUCUCCUGUCUCUCUACCGUGUCUCCAUCAGCUCCCGUGUCCACUGUCCGUCUCCCCGUGUCUCAAGCUCCCGUGUCCGCUGUCUUCCCGUGUCUCCUGUCUCUCUACCGUGUCUCCAUCAACUCCCGUGUCCCCUGUCUGUCUCUCCGUGUCUCCAGCUCCCGUGUCCGCUGUCUCCCCGUGUCUCCUGUCUCUCUACCGUGUCUCCAUCAACUCCCGUGUCCCCUGUCUGUCUCUCCGUGUCUCCAGCUCCCGUGUCCGCUGUCUCCCCGUGUCUCCUGUCUCUCUACCGUGUCUCCAUCAACUCGCGUGUCCGCUGUCUGUCUCCCCGUGUCUCUCUCGUCUCCCGAGUGGUGUCUCCUGUGCCCCAGUCCUGUCUCCAUCACCACACCGUGUCUCCCUAUCUGCCCUAUCUCGGUUGUUUCUCUCUCCCGUGCGUCUCCAUAAGUUUCCCUGUCUUCACAUCGCCUUCUAAUCCCUCUGCCCCUAGUCCGUCCCCCCCCCCCGUGUCUCGCCGUGUCCCCCUCGACAUGCCAGGCAUGGACAAGCUACCACUGGAGGACGCGCUGGAAGACAGCCCACAGACUCGCUCGCUGAUGAGCGUGUUCGAGGAGGACGCCGUGAUGUUUGCGGAGUUCGCCAACCGCCUCUCGGGCGCCAUGCAGAGGGUCCACCAGGCACAGAAUGAGCUCUCUCUGGCGACACAAAUGCUCUCGCAGCAGCUGCUUGGCUAUGGCAAACAGCGUUUCCCAUUGGCUGGCGACGAUGAGGUCAUGACGUCGACCCUGCAGCAGUUUGCCAAGGUCAUCGAUGAGCUGAGCUCCCAGCAUGCCGUGCUCACCACACAGAUGGCCGACGCCAUGAUAUUUCCCAUGAAGCAGUUCAGGGACAAGAAUCUUGCCGAACUCCUCAGCCUCAGGCAGAUGAUGCAGAUUUCCACCAGUGAGCACGAAACUGCCGUGACAAAAUACAGCCGCCUCUCCAAGCGGCGGGAGAGCGAGAAGGCGAGGCACGACGCAGCCGAGGAGGUGUACGCCUUCCGACGCAAGCAGCACCAGACGAGCCUGCAAUACUGCGCCACCCUCAACGCUAUGCAGUACCGCAAGAAGGUUGUCACUCUGGAGCCCCUGCUCGGCUACCUGCAGGCACAGUUUGGAUUCUUCCGCAUGGGGUCCGAGAGUCUCUCCCAGCAGCUGGAGGAAUUCAUCGGCAACAUCUGCGCCAGCGUCCAGAGCGUGCGCAAGGAGCUGGACACGGAGCAGGAGAGCUCGGACCUCAGGGUGAAGGAGCUGCUGGAGGCGUGCGAGCAUCUGUACUCGCCCGAGCCCCCGCCCGGCGGCGCCAUGCCAGACUGCACGCUCACGCGCAAAGCCGGCUACCUUAACCUGCGGCAUAAGACAGGGUUGGUGUCAUCGGCAUGGGAGCGGCUCUACUUCUUCACUCAGGGAGGGAAUCUCAUGAGCCAGGCACGUGACGCCGUAGCCGGCGGGCUCGUCAUGGACCUUGACAACUGCUCCGUCAUGGCGGUGGACUGCGAGGAUCGCCGCUUCUGCUUCCAGAUUUCCGCCUUCGACGGGAAAAAGGUGGUGAUAUUACAGGCCGAGAGCAAAAAGGAAUGUGAAGAGUGGAUUGUCACGAUCAGCAACAUCUCCCGUCAGAUCUACCUUACGGACAACCCACAGGAGGUGGCGGCACGCGUGCACCAGUCGGCCAUGCAGUCCGUGACGCCCACAUCCUCCUUCCAGGAGAGACACCGAAGUCUGCGACCACGCACCUCCACCUCGAGUCCCCGCUCCUCGGUGAGCGAUGACGCAGCACAGGCGGCGACUGGCGGCAGUGGCGGCGGCUCGUCGGCAAACACCCCCGCGUCGACGCCGGCCAAGACCGCCGUGGCGGCCCAGGCCUCCCCCCACCGUGCCACCACCCUGCAGCUCGUGGUGCCGGGCACGCCGAUCCAGUUCGACAUCAUCUCGCCGGCAACGGAGGAGCAGGAGGGACGUGGAGGCACGGGGGCUGGGGGCACCGGAGGAAGGCGGCAGAAUCCGUUCGGGGAGGAGGGAGAGGAGGAUCAACCAGGCUCUGAAGAGUCUCAGCUGCUGCAGCAGCUUUACGUGGUUCGCUUCCUGGGCUGCAUGGAGGUGGGCGCCGACCCAGGGCCCGACGUGAUCUACGAGACCAUGCGGCACGUGCUGGCCUCACGUGCCAUCCACAGCAUCUUCCGCAUGACCGAGUCGCAUCUGCUCGUCACCUGCUCGCAGCUCAGGCUGAUAGAUCCUCAGUCGCAAGUCACUAGGAUUGGUUUCCCGCUGCGCCAGGUGGGAAGCUGCGCACCGCACUCGGAGAACCCGCGUCUCUUCGGCUUUGUGCUGCACACACCCACGGCUGUGGGGCCCGAGGGGAGGACUUCGCUGUCCUGCUACGUCUUCGAGUCCAACAACGAGGGCGAGAAGAUCUGCGACUCGAUCGGACUGGGAAAGCAAAUCUCGCUUCACAACACGCUGGAGCGCCGUGCGGCAGAGUGCGAGCAGGAGUUACAGGCUCAGCGUGAGCGACAGGAGCUGGAACUGAACAAGCAGAAGGCCAUUGAACAGGACUUGGAAGAGCAAAGCCGCCUUAUUGCCGCAUCGGCCAAACCGUCCAAUGAGCAUGCAUCUUCGGGUGAUGGACAGACGCUGCGGCUGAGUGAUAACCAAUCAGCGAUGGACAAGGGGGUGGAGCCUGGAAAGGGGACAGAGUCGGAGGCUUGAGCUGAUCAGUGAAGGGCCUCUUGUGUUUUUUCACGUACUCAACGGGCGGAAUAUCUUUGCGCACUUUCUUGUCUUUCUAUGGAGAUGUUAUGCAUCACUGCAGUUUCUAGGGCUGAGACCGACCAACUGAACAAAAUCAUCCUUAUGGCGAUACCCCGGGGUACCAAAUAAUACUAAAUGGCUGAGGCAAUUAAAUAUUGUAUUUCUGGGACACUUUUUUCCAGGGGUGUACUUAACUCCGCGACUAGGGUCCCAAUCAAUCUGAAAUCAGUGCUAGUCCGUGAUGUCGAAACGCAGCGAGGACGAUUGCGCUGAAACCCUGAACGCUCGUACGCACCAUAGUGGUGCAUCGUGUACAGCUCGUCGAGAUGAGUCUAUCGCCGCAUCACCGACCAUCAACCGACUCAAAAUGACAUUAUGCGAGAGCCGGGGUACUAUGGCACCCCGGUGUACCGCCAUAAGGUUCAAAUGUCAUUUGUAAAUACAACGGCGUCAUUCUUAAAUAAUAAGCUAGAACAAAACACAAUGUAACUGAAACACAUUAUACAAAAACUUACUAUUGGGGAAGUGGUAAUAAAAUAUAUUAAUAUGGGUGGAAUGAGUAUGACCUUACUUGCAUCACGUUUAUUGGUGGCACUGGUGAAGGCAGGUGUUAAGAUAUUUUAAUGCGUGGAGUAUAAUCAUGUGUUGGCAAGUAACGGGUAAAGAUAGCUGUGAUUUGACAGCUAAAUAUUUCCACAAGCAGUCUUUUCACGAACACAUAAUUUUGACCCUUUGGCUGUAAGUCUGCCUGUAGUGACUACUAAUUAAUUGAGAAAAUUUGAUAGUUUGUACUUGCACUUUGCGUACAAAAUAUAAAAAGGGCAGAAGGGUCAAUAAAAAAUAAUAAAUUGAGUUGCAUCACUUUCAACUCCAUAUGAGAUCUUUUUUUUACGAUUUUUAUGUAAAAACAAUAGUGGUUACAAUUGCUGUGGUUUGCAUUUUAAGUUUAAUCAAACUGUUUUUCCCUAAGAUGACGGCAACUGCUCUUAGCGGGAUUUUGGCGAUGCCGCGUGGGUGACUUGGGAAGCGGAUUUCCUUGACCGACUGAGGCUCUUGUUCCCCCGUGUCCUACACCCAGGGGUGAACUUUUGAGUUAGCCCGUCGUAAAUUGCAGCAGAGGUUGAGAUCGCUGAAGAGCUUCAGUAAGGUGCAACUCCCUAUGUCUCAAUAAUUACACUUUGGAGUAACAAGGGCAGUGUCGCCGUUACAUUGAUCGAUAAAAAAGUUUAGUUUUGAUAAAAUGUUGCUUUCGCAAAGGUGCAGUGAUGACGACGACGAACGUUAACUGUAAAUAUGUACUUGAUCUUAAGGGAAGUUUGAGGAUGCAAUUAGCACGGUGCGUGAGGCUUUUGUUUAUUUGGUGUGCACUUGCAUGGGUUUAUAAAGUCUUUUAUGCCACAACGGCCGUAACUUUGUGCGGCGAGACAUUUUUACAUCUUAAUUGAUUCCGAGUGAGAGUUAGAGCUGUGUGGCUGACGUUUCCAAAGUUUAUCUCCGCGUUAACCUUGCUGAAACAAAAUUUAAAAACGUCACUACUGCUGUCAUUGUUUAACCAUAUGUCCAGGAAAGCCUCGCCAAGUCUCAGAACUUUCAAGAGGAGCCUGCUACAUUGGCAUUUGCCAAUUUAAUUAAUGAGCACUACUGUCCAGGUUUUCGUGAUUAAGCUGUGCAUAGCUCUCCAAAGUAAUUACCACCAGGGAUAUAUUGACCUAUACUUGCCUGGAUGUGUUCCCGGUUGCACCCACGUGUUGUUCUGCACGAUGUCCGAUAUUUCGCUCCACGUGCCAGAAGCUGCUGCAGCAACCGAAUUUAAACAUAGUGUUGUGCGUGUGCUUAACAGCACACGGAACAUAAAGUCUGGAUGUUCAUGCAAAACAAACAACGUGCAGUACAUUCCAGAAACACCAUCGGAGAGCUAUCAGAUGCGUGCCAGGCAUUUGGGAAGCUGAAAAGCCAAACUAAUUAACUUCACCCCUUUCCCCUGCCUUGCAAAUCAUGGAGUGUACCAGUGUAAUAACCAACUUUUGUAUAUGACCUAUAUUUGGUUGUAAAACUUUUUCACAAGCACCAUGAAAACAUUACGGUAUUUUACGUGUACUGUAUAAUUGAAGUGUCUUGAAUGCACUUUCGUUGGCCCUUUUCUGUAACGUCAUAUGCAUCUUCGUCCAAAACGUUUACGGUCUUUUUCAACGGUUUUACUUAACUUGACUCGUCGUGGUCAAAUCUUGUAGUCAAAAUUUUGUCUACUUCCUGUUGUCCAAUCAAUUCCAAAUUUUGCACACUUACUCAGAUCCGGUGACAAUGCCUGCCUGUAUCAAAAUCGGCAUAAGUUAAUCAAUUCGCUACUUUAAAGCAAUUUACAUUGUGUAUGGACGCCUUAUUAUUUAUAUAUAUUUGUGUAGGCGAAAAACACCGCGGUCCCUAAACUCUGGAAUCGCCUCGCCCAAGAAGCAGCCGCCACGUGUCUCAGGCGCGCCUGCUCCGUGUCGUCUACGAGUUAAGAAAGUAAUUAAUUCAAGUCAGCGUUGAUGUGGGAGCAGGCGCUGCAUCAUUGACGUACUUCUCGACCGUGAGUUAAACGAAGUUCAUAAAACCCUUGGUUUUUUAAACUUU